GCGAACCAAGCACGAGGGUACCUCGACAACUUCAAGAUCUCCGCUGCCUCAAAAUUGUCAAACUCGACCAUCUUGACCAACACCAAGGAAGAUUCGUCAACAAUGGCCCUGUGGCUAUGCGAUUGGGUGGACUGCCAGAAACCUGCCGUGCAGAGAGCAGGCGACUGUCCACUGUGUGAGAGACAUCUUUGUCGGACGCAUCUGCAAGACACCUGGCACACAUGCCCGAAGCCAGAGGUGAGCAUUUCAUGUCGAGCUUCCUCACGGGACCACGCAAUGGUGACGAUCCUCCACCCCCUGACUACUAGCGCGACUGGGAUUCGUACCGCACAGCGUACGUGGCGGCAGAAGCCCGCCAGAUGGCGGCUCUCUGCACUAGAAUCGACGGUGCGAAACUCUGCGCGCGCGCGUCGCGAGCGCGGGGAGGGCUUCCUUGCGAAAUUGACCUGUCGCCCGGCAGCCUGUCUGCCAUGAUGGGCGGCCAGAACUGUCACGCUGAGAUCACAUUCGACGACGGGGCGACGUGGCUGGCGCGGUUUCGACUGGCCCGGGUUUCUUCACCGCCACUCGAGGUUCGCGACUACAUCCUCCGCAGCGAGGUGGCCACGAUGCUGUUUCUGCAUUCCCAAACUCGCGUCCCGGUACCUAAAGUUAUUGACUGGGCCACAGAGUCUGACCCUGAAAAUGACGUCGGCCCGGGAUACAUCCUGAUGGAGAAGGUGAAGGGGAAGCCGUUGGAUUGGCAGUCGCUGACUGCGGGGCAGAAGGACCAGGUCAUGGAGCAGUUGGUGGAUAUCUUCCUCGAGAUUGAGAAGCAUCCGUUUGACAGGAUCGGCUCCCUGAUGCCGCCAGCGAGCGGCAGCACGGGCUUCGAAAUCCAAGGCAUCGCCCACCACUCCCUCUUCAACAUGGCAGAGCGGGGAGGCAGGCCACUGGGGCCGUUCGAUUCCUCAGCGGGGGCAGCCCGUGCCAUCGUCGAGACUUAUCUCGACAUGAUCGAAAACGGCGAGAUCUGCGCCGAAUUUUUGGACGACGAGCGUCUCGCACAUCAAUUCAGUCUCGAUAUCAUUGACGACGUCUGGAAAGGGCCACGGCCGGGGGAGAGGUUCUACCUCAAGCACCCCGAUGACAAAGGGGACCACAUCCUGGUGGAUGAGUCUCUAAACAUCGUGGGCAUAAUCGAUUGGGAGUGGACUCGGACAGUCUCAAGGGAGGAAGCCUUUUCCUCGCCGUGCAUGAUGUGGCCGGUUGCGCGGUUCUACGAGGGGUCCAACGAGUUGUCCGAGGAAGAGCUGCGGUUUGCCCACAUGUUCCGAAGCCGCGGCCGAGAUGACUUGGCCGAGUGCGUGCUGCAGGGUAGGAAGGUACAAAGGUUCUAUUUCGCGCUGGGGCCUGCUUGCGGAGCGCAUGGAGACCGCAAGACGUUCAGGGACCUGCUUGCUGGCCUGCGCCGGGCUGUGGGAUAUGAGGAGGGAAAAUGGGAGGCCUGGAAGAACAAGACUGGCCAAAGAAGUGGCGAGAACAAGGACGGAGUGUGUUCCUAACGUAUCUAGGUCAUACAUACAUAAGAAGGGAACUUAGCAAGCUGCUGCUUGGUAUGUCAACUGGCAGUGCCAGCGGCGAUUGUUGUGAUCAAUCAG